UCGUUUUACACGCGAUCUAGGGUUUCUGCUGUUCAUCUUGCCUUUGCGUCUCGGAGAGCUGACGAUUGCGUAUCGGAGCAAUGGUGAAGGGUCGGCAAGGUGAGCGAGUCAGGCUUUACGUUCGUGGUACUAUUCUUGGAUACAAAAGGUCGAAGUCGAAUCAAUAUCCGAAUACGUCGUUGAUACAGAUCGAGGGAGUGAACACGCAGGAGGAAGUGGCGUGGUACCGGGGGAAGCGAAUGGCGUACGUUUACAAGGCCAAGGUUAAGAAGAACGGCUCCCACUAUCGUUGCAUCUGGGGAAAAGUGACUCGUCCCCACGGAAACAGUGGCGUGGUUCGUGCCAAGUUCAAAUCUAACCUUCCUCCAAAGUCCAUGGGAAAUAGAGUCCGGGUUUUCAUGUAUCCAAGCAACAUCUGAGCUGAUUGAGAGAUGCGAGGUGAAGUGGCUCGAUUGUCAAGGAUUGAGACUGAGUUCGUUCAUAAAGAAACUUUUGUAUUAGUAGUUAUUAAACUAGCCGUUUUUCCCUUUAUUUAUGGACGUGGAUGAUGUGGUGGAGUUUUUGUUCUUGGGCUUACUUAUCUGCUACUCUUGCAAUUUA